UGUGUCUCAGGGAGUUGAACAUGAUCCAGGUGAGGUACACGCCUUCACAGAACAUCCAGAAAAACGUGGACAUGAGGGAACUGCGGGACAUGAUGUUCAACACCUUGCAGGUCACCUGCACACGAGGCAAUGGAUGAUGACCGACAUAAUAGAAACACCAUGUAUGACCCAAAUUCUGGUUACCAUGGUGCUGAUCCCAGUAUCUUGCAAAAAGAAGGGGCCAAUCUGGCUCAUCAGGCUGUGAUGUAUGACCAACAAGAAAGAUAUGAUCUAGCCCUCUUUUAUUAUACAGAAGCAGCCCAGACAUUGCUAGCAGCAGCUCAAGAAGGGAGUAACGUUCCCAAUCUAGUUGAAAAAGCAACAGAAUAUAUGCUUCGGCUGAAGCCUUAAAGACAGCAUGUGAGUAAGACCUUGAGUUCUCCUGUUUCUACAACCUGUUGAUCCAUUUUCAACAUGCAAGUUGACCUGGAACGGGCACGAUUUCUCCUGUCGGAGGCACUAGAUGAAGAUGAGAAAGGUAACAUACAGGAUGCCAUUGACCUUUACACAGAAGCUGUUGAACUUUGCAUCAAAAUAAGAGAUUCUACAGACGACAACUCUUUGAAAGCCAAAGUAACCAAGAUGGCAAAAGAAGCCUUAGACAGGGGAGAGGCUUUGAAAAAUGCAUCUAAACCAGCAAAAAGUCCAACUAGUCCAUCUGCCAUCAGAAGCAUAUCUGGUAGGCCAAUGCCUCCCCUUGGUUUCAAUGCCUUUGCUGAUGAUGAAGCAGAAUCAGCCAAUCGACCACGCAGUGUGAUGUCUGUGCAAAAUGCCAAUGUUUCCACAGGGUCUGGAAAACGUGGCCUGGUCAGCGUUGGGCCAACAUCAUACACCAAGGAAGAAAUAGCAGUGUUGAGGCAGACAUCUCGUAUUAAUGGGAGAGAGUAUGUACCUUUUAUGAGCGUUGACAGGAAGGAAAAGUUUGGAUGUCUGGAUGUUUUCACAGACAAAGAUGGAAAAUUGGCUUUAUCGCCAAAGCAGAAACAGCAGUUUGGCAAAUGGGCACGACCUACUGAGUUCUGCAGUGAUCCAUGUAUGAUUCUAGCCAUUUCCAGCUUCAGCAUUAGACAGACCAUUGUGUCAGACUGCAGUUUUGUGGCAUCACUAGCCAUUUCUGCGCAGUAUGAAAAGCGUUUCUGCAGAAAGUUGAUCACCAGUAUCAUCUACCCACAAAACAAACACGGUGAUCCUGUGUACAAUCCAUGUGGUAAAUACAUGGUGCGCCUUAACAUCAAUGGUGUGUGGAGAAAGGUUGUUAUUGAUGAUCAUUUUCCAUUGAGCAAAUAUGGAGAUCUGCUGUGCUCCUUCUCCAACAACAAAAAUGAAUUGUGGGUAUCACUGAUGGAGAAGGCGUAUAUGAAAGUCAUGGGUGGUUAUGACUUUCCUGGCUCAAACUCGAAUAUUGACCUCCAUGCACUCACUGAGUGGAUUCCAGAGAGAGUGGCAAUCCGUCCUGGGACUCCAGACUUUGAUGCUGACAAAGAAUUUCAACGUCUGAAGGACCGUUUUCACAAAGGCCAUUGCCUGGUAACUGUAGCAACAGGAGAGCUGAGUGAAGCAGAGGCAGAUCGAGCAGGACUUGUGCCAACCCACGCUUAUGCUAUGCUAGACGUCCGAGAAGUAAAAGGGUACAGGCUGUUUAUGCUGAAAAAUCCGUGGAACCACUUGCGCUGGAAGGGAAACUUCUCGGAGACAGAUCAAACACACUGGACACCUGACCUUCAAAAGGCCUUGAACUUUGACCCACUUAGUGCCCAGAUGGUUGACAAUGGAGUAUUUUGGAUUGACUAUGAGUCUGUAUGCCGCUUCUUUGAUGUCUUUUACAUAAACUGGGAUCCAGAGUUGUUCAGUUACACUACAUGCCUGCAUCACACAUGGACUGCCAAAGAUGGCCAAAAAGACAGUUACAACAUGAGUGACAACCCACAGUAUCGCUUAGAGCUGAAAUCAUCACAGUCUGCUGCCGUGUGGAUUUUGCUGACCAGGCAUAUAGUGGACAAGGUUGACUUUGCUGACAACAAGGAAUUUAUCACAGUACUCGUCUACAAAACAGGAGGAAAACGAGUGUUCUACCCAUAUGAUCCCCCUCCUUACAAAGAUGGCGUCCGAAUCAACAGUCCUCACUACCUAUGCAAGCUUGUGGAGUCCAAACCAACAGACCCCUACACCCUAGUGAUCUCACAGUAUGAGAAAAACAACACGAUACAUUACACGCUGCGUGCUUACUCCACCUGUGAGUUUACUCUGACUCGCUUCAUUGAUCCCUACAAGGCUCAGUUUGAGAAAAAGAUCACCGGUGAAUGGAAGGGAGUCACAGCUGGGGGCUGUGCUAAUAAUAGAGAGACCUACACCAAAAACCCUCUCUACCAAGUUCGCAUUGACAACACAGCCACUGACAACCAUCUUAUGAUUGAGCUGAGGGGACCUAAAGAAUACAGUGUGGGUUUUGAAGUGAUUACAGUCACAGAAAAUGUACCAAAUGCUCCAGGAGCCUUUAAACGCACCACGUCAGGUGACUUCAGGCCUGGCUUCUGUGUGCUGCAGCUGAGCAAUAUCUCUGGGGUGUUCAACAUCCGUCCAUGCACUUUCCAGGCAGGUAAAGAAGGUCCCUUCUUUCUGGACAUCAACAGCUCUGUACCUUACACGGUGGCUAAGCUACAGUGACAUGCUUGACUUCACUUUGUUUAUCUGUACCUACUGCUACAACCAAUUCUACAGUGACCCUUGCCAGAGGAGAUCAAACAGUGAAGUUCUGUAGACUGCAAAACAGUAACUUCAUCUCAUUAGACUGCGGUCAUGCUGACACAAUAGUUACAGCUAUUUUUUAAGCAGAGGAGCUUGAUCUGUUGUUUCUUAAUGUAACCUGGUUUUGUCUUGGUUGUCAGGUUUAUAGUGGAUGCACCAGUUAUUGUCAUAAUGCUGGGGGAUUGAUGUGGGGUUUAUUGCACUUGCAUCUGUCUGUUAAACUGUCUCAGAUACUGCAUCUCUGGAGGAAAAAAAACCUAGAUCAUGACAGUUAAAAUAUGAAUAACCAGAGAUGUUUGGCUGUAAAGGAGAAUUGGAGAUUGAGAGAUUGUAGAGACUGGGCAACCUUUGCAUGUGGCCUGUAUUGAUUUGUAAAAGAUUUGCAAGUUUGUUGUGACUGUAAUUAUAUCAGCUAGACUGAGUCAAGUGAUUUACUUUCUGUAGUAGUAGAAUCCCAAAGCAGAUUACUGCUUUAAAUAGUGAGGAAGGAUUAAAUUUGAGACAGAGUGGAGAGAGAAAGAUGGGGGAGAGUGGGUGAGGAGGAGAAAUCAAAGUAGAAAAAGAAGUGUGUUAAGGAAAUCCUUUUAUUGACCAAUGAAAGAUUGUCACCUAAAAGAAGGGUUAGGGAAGCCAAGAAAAACGUGUAAAUAAAGCAUCAGAAGUGCUUUGAGGAUACAGCGUUUUAUUUCUAAGACAUCACUGGUAAUUAUACCCAUAGCCGGAAAGUUGGAUAUGACAAUGUGGGUAGCCUGCUUUCUUAUUUAAUAACAGUCUAUUGAUAUAUUUAUUUUAUUUUUGAGAAACUUAAAUUAGAUUUUCAAAAUGAAUUUUUGUAUAAUGUAGCUGUUGUACACAGCUGACGUUGAAGCUUAUGCAAGGGUUAGUACCAACUGAUCAGCAUAGAUGCAAACACAUACCAAUGCACUUGUACAUGAUGGAUUUAAGGUUCAGAUUUUUACACUUGCUACUGUUAUUUGGGGAAGCAAAUAGCCAGAUUUUUAGAGCAUUGACAUCCAAGCCUCCAAGCAUGAAGACACGCUGCUUCAGUACCAUUCAGUGUGGCAAACUUUUAGUUGACCCAGUUGUUGGGAAUGGGCACCUGACUGUGAGGAGGGUUUGAGAAAGUAAGGCAGCAAGGGAGAGAUUGGCACCACUCUCAGGAAGAGCUGGUCCUGGGAAAAGUGUGGUCUCUAAGACUUCACUCAACAAAAGGUUAGGGGAUAACCUUUACCUUUUUUUAUUGUUAUGUACUGUUACUCUCAGAUGAUACUUUAAUGCAUCAUGUUUUGAAAAUAUUGGAGAUCUGACAUAACUGAAGUGGUUUCUUAGAGGAAAAAUGACAAGCUUUUUUCUAACUUCUUAUGUUGUUUUCUUCCAGAAACAGCAAUGCAAGAUGUUUCAUGAUAACAGAAAUAGUGAUCCUAUGGGGAGAUUAUAAGUUAAUAUUAAUAAAUAUUCUUUCUAUCUGUUAUGUCCAUGGUUUUAUGCUUUUUUGUGGACCUGAAUUUUCUGAUUUUUAUAUCCUUUGGCUGGAACUGAGUGAAAGACUAAACACUUUGUAAUAUUACACAAUCUAAGGUUAUUUAGAUGCUAGCUUUCUCAAAAUGUACUCACCAUCAUUUUUGUGAAGAAUAGAAAAUAAUGAUUGGUUUGUUUAUGCAACUGAAACUUUGGUUCUAAACAUCGUUUUCAUAUAUUGUCUUGAUGCUGAACAUUUCAUUUGCAUGUGUCAUCUAAAAGACAUGGAAUAAUUACUGUUUUGCCUUUGUAUUUGUCAUAGUUUGUGUUCAAUGCCGUGCCACUAGAGCUAUAUCACGGCUGUCUUUGUCAUGGCAUGAAGAAAACACGGUUUCAAAGCAGUCACCUCAGUUUCUAACAAACUUAUGGCUAUGCAGAAUGUUCCUUCAGUCACUGUUUUCCUAUUAGUUCCUCACUUUACUGUUCAGCUUGUUUUGAAGAAACUCAUACCUUGCAGGUCUGUUGUUUAUUAAGUGCCUUUUAUGUAUUUAACAGAUUGUUAUCAGUCAUGAUACCAGGAAAGAUAUUUCAUCAUGUAAGAAAUGCUAAAAUGAUAGAAAACUUCUGAGCCAUUUUUGCGUUUGGAGAAGAAAUGUCACAUUAUUCAUGUUUUUGGUUCUGUAAUUGCUUUAUUUUAAUUUUCUUUAAAUCUGUUCAUUAAGUUACACUUGUCCAUCUCCUACAUGUGUGAUACAUGAACAUUUGAUCAUUUCCAGUAAUAAUAUCUGUUGCAAUACCUUAUCUCACAUUAUUUGCACUGAUGAUAUUAUCUGAGGACUGUACUCUAUUUUCAUAUUUUUCUUUUGUUAGAUUCAUCAGAAGACUGAUAGUGUAGUGCAAUUCUUAUCAAUAAAACAGUUAGCAUCAGAAGAAUAUUUGAUUUGCUCUUGAGCUCUGCCCUUAACAGUUCAUUCAUGAUAAAACACCAUCAUGCUCUGUAAAAUAUAUAGUUAUAUAAAUAGUUAUUAUUAUUUAUUGUGAUUGAUUUAUCAUUAAUACCCUGUUGACAAGCUCUAAAUUAACUAAUACUGUAUUAAUGUUAAUUUAUUAGCUAAUAUACUGUACACUUGAAGUGUGGGUGUAGUUAUUUUUAUUUUCUUUCUCUUCCCAUCUGUUCACUUUCAUGUGUAGUUUUAUCAUAAUAAACUCUAGUUCCAUUAUUGGACAUAUUUUUUGAGGCUCUCAUUUAUAUAAACUACCAGACAGAGCAACUCCAACUUGAAAAUCUGAUUCAGAUGUUAAGAUCUUCUAAUGUCAGCUGUUAUUUCACAGCAGUGUAAUAGCACUUAAAAUGUUUUUGCUGUGUUUUCAUAACUUGUUAACAGAUCAACUGAAUAGGGUCUAAAGAUGAUUUAUCUUUGUUGUGACAUCUUGUAGGAUUAUGUUUUUAAAAAUGUUGUGUUAUACAUGUUGCCUUCUGUUGGAGAAUAAGGUGGAAUGAGAAAUUAUGGUCCAUGGAGACAUUUGUUAAAAAGACAUAAUUAAGUGACCUCAUGUCAAUGGCUCCAUAUCCAUAUUGUAUGUGUUUAGGGUGGAAUUUGGUGUUUUAUGCUGAGCCAGUGACUAAAGCUACAUCAUGGCAAAGCAUCCGGCCCUGUAAACAGAUGCCACCUUCAGAGAAAGAAAUGUGUGCACAAGGCGAGAUCAGAACACUGUGCUGAUAAUAGGCGCUAACCAUUGAGCCACCAUGCUGCCCACAUAAUUUGGAGGCAUUUUUACACUUUGGUUUUGUUAUUGUCUGUUUCUAAACAUGAAAAUUUAUUGUAAUUUCAUUGGGUGUUCAUCAUCAUACUGCUGUCUGUGAUGUUGACUGGAGUUACCUUCGUUUUUUUAACAAAUAAAAAUUAUUGGUUACAUUU